UGUGACUCAUUCCUACCGAAAGGGGGCGCUGUUACACCGGUAGACCGCACUAAACCCGACCGUCGGUUCAGGGCAUUAUCGAGAGUGUGUGGAGUGUGUAUGUGUGUGUAUGCAUGCAGUGAAAAUUACCCCGGAGACGGACAAGAACUGUUUUUUUGACCGUACCAAUGUGUGUGGCCUGUAAAUCUAUACUAUUGUAUUCUGCGGAAUCAUCGGACGGACGAAAAAGUAGAUCCAAAAUGAGGGAAUAAUCGGAGGAUACGCGGGGUGAAGCUCGACUGCAGCUACCGUUUCGUUGAACUGCAAGUGGGAUCCCAGCUGCUGGCUACGAAAAUGUCGAGAAAAAUUGAAAGCAAGCACGACUCUCAACGAUCCCAUCUGUCCACCAUCACCAUGAUACUGAAGGACAAGUUCCACUCUCCCAAGAUCAAAAGGACUCCUUCCAAGAAGGGAAAGCAGGCGCAGCCCGAGCCAGCGGCCAAGAGUGCUGAAAAACCUGCUAACAAGAAAGUUAGCCGGCUAGAAGAGCACGAGAAGGAGGUGGUCAGUGCACUGCGCUACUUCAAGGCAAUUGUGGACAAAAUGAUGGUGGAGAAGAAGGUACUGGAGAUGCUCCCAGGCUCAGCCAGCAAAGUGCUGGAAGCAAUUCUACCUCUGGUUCAGGUAGAGGCAUGGAUACAGCACAGCACGGCGCUGACUUCCUGCCACAGUCGCGUCUACCAGAGUUUGGGCAACCUCAUCCGUUGGGCUGACCAGGUCAUGCUGGAUGGUAUCGACUUGGAGGACAAGGAGAAUGUGGCAGCUGUGACUGGUGUCAUCAAGGCAGUGCUGGAUGGAGUGAAGGAGCUGGUGAAGCUGACCAUAGAGAAACAGGAGCAGCCAUCGCCCACCACCCCUAACAAACCGGCACCACCUGUCGCUCCAGCGGAGAGUGUGUCAUCGGAGACGCAUCUAAUAGAUCGGGAGCAGGAAGUGUCAAAGAAGGCCGCCCCAGCUGCUUCUCCUGCAGAGUCUGCCCCUGAACUAGCAGAUGAGGACGUGGCCCCUCCCAAACCCCCGCUUCCAGAGGCCAAAAUGGCUGAGCUUAGAGCGCAGUUGAGUGCUGACGCUGGCCAAAGGAGACCCUCUCAGAAGGAGAACCCGCCCCCAGCUCUUCCUCCCAAGAAGCGCCAGUCGGCCCCUUCGCCCACACCCGUGGCAGUGGUCGCUCCAAUGACCCGCGGCUCCAGCUUGCCGUGUAACGACCACAGACCGGGGUACGAGCAGGAGUUCCACCAGAGGCGUUUCUCCGGGGGGAGCCAUUCCUACGGUGGGGACUCUCCCCGUCUGUCUCCGUGCAGCAGUAUGGGAAAACUCAGCAAGUCUGACGAACAGCUGUCCUCCAUGGAGCAUGACAGUGGGCAGUGCUCUCGAAACACCAGCUGUGAGACACUAGAUAACACGGAGAGCUAUGACCCGGAUUAUGACUUUCUUCACCAGGACUUGUCUGCCGGGGAUAAUCUCCCUCCAAUCCCAGUAGGGGGCUGCCUCAGCCCCCUGCCCGAGUCUCACAGCGAAUCCUCGUCCCCUGUUCCCGGACAGCAUCCUCCCCAUCCCCGCUUUAGCGCUCCUCCACCCCAGCAGUCUGAAUAUUGGACCCCCCAGCCAAAUCACACUAAUCCCCUCCAGUCUUCGCGGAUCAGCGCUCCCCCCGCCCUGCCCUUGAAGAAGCGCCGCAGCACCCAAACGUCGUCCUUCUCCUCCGACGGGGGGACCAGGGUGCUAUACGAGCGCUAUCCGUCUCAGUACGACAACCUGUCGGAGGAAGAGCUCCACCCCACUCCCCCGUUCCCCCUUUUCACCCCCAUCUCGCCCAUGCCCCAGACAAACGGGGGCGUGUUCGUUUCCCAGUACGUUGCCAGCGAAAAUGCAGACGUUCCCGCCAGCCCACCGCCGCUGCCGGAGAAGAAAAGCAAGCACAUUCUUCAGUACAUGCAGUUUGUGGAGGACUACUCGGAGCCGCAGCCUUCGGUUUUCUACCAGAUGCCUCAGAGUGAAAGCAUAUACGAGCAGCGCAACAAGCGUUUCCAGGAGGUCUGUGGCUUCAAUGACUCUUUCAGCAGCACCGACUCGGUUCACGAGUCUGUGCUGCCCCCAGCCCUGCCACCGAAACAAAGACAACUGGCCUCCCACUCCUCCUCUCCUUCUUCCUCCUCCUCCUCUUCGCUCUCCUGCCACCUCCAGCCGUCUGUGGCGGCCAUGGAGGAGGCAGGCUCUGGGCUGGGCCUCAGCAUGUCCGUCUCUAACUCCUACCUGAACGGCCAGGCGUCUUUGGCCACACCCACGAGCUUGGACCAGGUUGCCUUGACCAAUGCCACCGUUCUGGAUGGCAGCGGGGGCGGGCCCAGCGGUUCCCUGGCUGGCUCAGUGGGCUCUGUGGCUGUCUGUCUUCCCUCUGAGUCUUCUCUCACUGACUCUCUCCACACCUCAGCGAGCGAGAGCGCGAAUGACGAGGGCGGGGAGGGGGAGUAUGUCAACUUGUACUCGUCAAGCCAGGCCAAUGGGGAGCUGCCUCUCUCCCUCAGAGAAACGAUUGCAGCUGAUGAUGCUCUUCAAGACCCCACCCCUCAGAUGGCAUCCAGCAACAGCAAAGAGGCUCUGGACAAAGAAAGGAGGCAAAAGACUUCAGAGUUGGCUGGAAGCGACGAGGAAGACGUGGAUGAGCUCUCCCUCAUAGAUCACAAGGAGAUCAUGAGCAGGAUAACACUAAAACAAGAAAAUGACGACGGCCCUGACGUCCGCGCCGGAUCGGGAGACAUCCUGCUGGUCCACGCUACAGAAACGGACCGUAAAGAUCUGGUUUUGUACUGCGAGGCCUUUCUCACUACGUAUAGGACUUUUAUAACCCCAGAAGACCUUAUUAAGAAGCUACACUACAGAUAUACAACAUUUUGCCACAGUCCAGACACCUUCAAGAAGCGCGUCAGCAAGAACACCUUCUUUGUCCUGGUUCGAGUGGUGGACGAGCUGUGCUUGGUGGAGCUGACGGAGGACAUCUUGAAGCAGCUCAUGGACCUGGUGUUCACGCUGGUGUGUAAUGGCGAGCUCAGCCUCGCCCGCGUGCUUCGCAAGAACAUCCUGGAUAAGGUGGAGCAAAGGAAGCUGCUACGCUACACUAACUCUCUUAAGCCCCUGGCUGCCAGAGGAGUCUCUGCAAGGCCGGGAACUCUUCAUGACUUCCGCAGUCACGAAAUCGCUGAUCAACUCACUCUUCUUGAUGCUGAACUUUUCUACAAAAUUGAGAUUCCGGAGGUUCUGCUUUGGGCAAAAGAGCAAAAUGAGGAGAAGAGUCCCAACCUGACUCAGUUCACAGAGCACUUUAACAACAUGAGUUAUUGGGUCCGAUCUCUGAUAAUUCAGCAGGAGAAAGCCCAAGACAGAGAGAAGCUGCUCCUCAAGUUCAUAAAGAUUAUGAAGCACUUAAGAAAGUUGAAUAACUUCAACUCCUACUUGGCAAUACUGUCCGCUCUGGACUCGGCCCCCAUCAGGAGGCUGGAGUGGCAGAAACAGACCUCAGAGGGUUUGGAGGAGUACUGCACUCUGAUCGACAGCUCCUCCUCCUUCAGGGCGUACAGGGCUGCUCUGGCCGAGGUGGAGCCGCCGUGCAUCCCGUACUUAGGUCUCAUUCUUCAAGACCUGACAUUUGUACACCUGGGGAACCCCGACCUGAUCGAUGGGAAGGUCAACUUCUCCAAACGUUGGCAGCAGUUCAACAUUCUGGACAGCAUGAGGCGCUUCCAGCAAGUGCAUUAUGAGUUAAAGCGCAACGAAGACAUCAUCUCUUUCUUCAACGACUUCAGCGACCACCUGGCUGAGGAGGCUCUGUGGGAACUGUCAUUAAAGAUAAAGCCCAGGAACAUUACCAGGCGCAGGACGGAGCGCGAGGAGAAGAACUUGGGCCUGUGAGCCCCGCCCCCUUUCCCCAACACCGACCUCCAACUGUGCUCCAUAACACUAAUUCCACUUUUUUUUUUUUCCACGGACCGUGAACGAAAGCUAACGGAGACUUCAGAACAAACUGAAGCGUCGAUAAAGGUUUACAAAGAGCUCCGUCACUUCUGGGAGGUUCUAUUUGGGAUAAGUGCAGCUCUGGGAGGUAGAUCGGGAGAUUCACCAACGACAGGAAUCGCAUCGAGCAGACGGGGGGAGACGCUACAGAAAUGACCAAAGUCUGCUCCCUGCACUCUGUUUUAGAGAGGACCUACUCAAUUGAGCAAAAUUGUUCAUGAUUUGUCCAAAUCCCUCCCUCCUCUUCCUCAUGUAUGUGCCAUUCGCCGGUCAUCUUCUCCUGAUUUCCUCUAAAGGGAAGCCGAACUCUGACGAGAGGAUGACCAUUAUAGACUGGAAGCGAUGACUUUGUUUUGAAACAUUUUGUGUAAGAAUCAUGUAUGGUUAUGACAUGUAUUAUAUACAGUGCUCCUUUUGUUCUUAAAAAGGACAUUUAUGCUAAUAAGAAUAGCUUAGCUUCUCCCAAGUGCCAUAUAUGUAUGUGCACUAAAAAAGCAAAGCAAAAAGAUGAAUUACUAAAGAUGCUGUGAUCUAUGUACGUCAUACUGAAUCAUCGGGUGCAGUGUUAAAGUAGAGAACCAUCCGCCAAUCACAAUCAUGUUCCAGCUGUGUGAGUGUGUGUGUGAAGGAGUGCGACUGAAGUCCUCAGUGACGUUUGUGUGCGUGUCAUUCCAACAUGUGCUGUAGUAAAUCAUUUCAUUUCGGGUUUAAACCGACACAUCACACUGUGCUCUCGAAUAAAAACAAACAGCUCUGUUUCUAGAAAU